AUGGACCCCCGUGACGAGGAGAGGAAGGCACACGAGCAUGCUAGCGAGCAGUUCGAGAGGUCCCAGGCUAGUCAGACAAGGGCAAACCGGCAGGGGAGAGAGCGAGAUCGUGCAAACGAGAAGCAGACAGCUGCGAGCCGUACUAUGAGCCGUUCGAGGUUAGGACCCAGGACCAAUGUCCACAAGGAGCUCGAGUUCGUGAGCGGUCGCGACGACAAGCUGUGGAGGGAUCUUCCCAAACUCAACCUUCUCUCCUGCCUCACGGGCAGGGCAACCAAGGGGAUCGACCCUUGGGAGCUGGGGAAGAAGUUAGCCAAUUACGCUCGAGGCACCAAAGACGUCGACCUGAACGACCUUCCCUGCGAGCAGAGGAUGACGAUCAACGCUCACCAGCCUGCUCGAGGUCCAACAUGCGGUGACAAGCUGUGGAGAGAUCCUCCCAAACUCAACCUUCUCUCCUGCCCCACCGGCAAGGCAACCAAGGGGAUCGACCCUUGGGAGCUCGAGAAGAAGUUAGCCAAUCACGCUCGAGGCACCGAAGACGUCGACCUGAAUGACCUUCCUUGCAAACAGAGGAUGAUGAUCAACGCUCACCAGCCCGCUCGAGGUCCAACAUGUGGCGACAAGCUAUGGAGGGAUCCUCCCAAACUCAACCUUCUCUCCUGCCCCACCGGUAGGGCAACCAAGGGGAUCGACCCUUGGGAGCUGGAGAAGAAGUUAGCCAGUCACGCUCGAGGCACCGAAGACGUCGACCUGAACGACCUUCCUUGCGAGCAGAGGAUGACGAUCGACGCCCACCAGCCCUCUCGAGGACCAACACGCGGCGACAAGCAGCAAAGGAAUCCUCACAAGCUCAAUCUCCUAAUCUGCCUCACGGGCAGGGCACCCAAGGGGAUCGACCCUUGGGAACCGAGAAAGAAGUUAGCCAGUCGCGCUCGAGGCACCGAAGGCGUCGGCCCGAGACUCCAACCCUGCGAGCAGAGGAUGUCGAGAAGCUAG